AUGGAACCUUCAAUGCUCUCGGGCCUUGUUGCAGUUCGAUCUGAAUCUGCCGCUGCCAACUCACCAACCGACGAGCUCUAUCGACCGUUGACAGCUCCCGCAAAGACAGUUCCUAGAACACGCCUCGGCACUCAAAGAGAGUCUUUCGAACUCCAUGACAUAUCAGCUCGAAAUGAUCGUGCACGAGAUGCUUCCUCUGUCAACGCCAGCAAUGACCUGGAGAUGAGUCGACCCAAUACUCCUGACUCUAAUACCGAAGUCGUCGAAGUUCUGCCUACCUUUCUGGAACCCUUUAUGAAUCGCUUUAGAGCUCUUUUCGGCUGUCUGGCUCAACUCGGUAAUGCACUAAGUGAUGGUGCUGCUGGUGCUUUGAUUCCCUAUAUGGAGAAAUACUACGGCAUUGGAUAUGGCACAGUAUCUCUGAUCUUCGUAGGACAAGCCAUUGGAUUUAUCUCCGCGGCUGUAUUUCUCGACAUCCUGCGGGCUAAGAUUGGUCGAGCCAGACUUCUUGGCCUGGCUCAAACCAUGGUUACUCUAGCCUACAUCCCCAUUAUAUGCGGAGCACCUUUCGUCGUUGUCGUCUUCUCCUUUUUCUUCAUCGGCUUCAGCAUUUCGGUCAAUGUUGCCAUUGGUAAUCUCUUCUUUGGCGGACUUCGAAACGGCACUUUUAUGCUUGGUAUCCUGCAUGGUACUUACGGAAUAGGAGGAACGAUAGGACCACUCAUCGCAACUGCACUUGUUACAGCUGCCAAUGCGGUAUGGAACCGAUACUACAUAAUUACAUGCGCUCUCGGUGCCGUGACAGCUGUCUUGGGUACAUGGGCGUUCUGGACAUACGAAAAAGAGAUGAGCCCAGCGGAACGCCAACGAGAAACAAACCAGGCAGGAGAAUCGAUGAUGAACAGCAUGUUUCUUGCCAUGAAACUGCGCAUCGUAUUCUUGGGCUCUCUUUUCAUCUUUGCAUACCAAGGAGCUGAAGUCUCUAUCUCGGGCUGGGUCAUCUCCUUUCUCAUCGAGGACCGUGAUGGAGAUCCUUCCUCAGUCGGUUAUGUAACAGCAGGCUUCUGGGCCGGUAUCACCAUCGGUCGGUUCCUGUUAAGUGCUCCUGCCUCGCGUAUUGGCGAGAAGAGACUCGUUUAUGCUCUGACAAUCGGUGCUCUAAUAUUCGAGCUUCUUGUUUGGUUCGUACCCAACAUUGUGGGCAAUGCUGUUGCUGUCUCUAUUGUUGGUCUCUUCCUUGGACCUAUCUAUCCAUGCGCUGCGGCGGUCUUCCUCCGCGGUAUGAGUCGACGUGAAGCUUUGAGUGGAAUUGGGACGAUCAGUGCUUGUGGUAGCGCAGGAGGAGCUGUUGCACCCUUCGUUACUGGUCUUCUCGCUCAGGCUGUUGGCACAUUUGUACUCCACCCGAUUGCCAUUUUCCUUUUCGUUGUCAUGUUGCUGUGCUGGUACUUUCUUCCUACAGAGGAGAAGAGAACAGAAUAG